AUGCCGUCCCCUCCUUCUACGAAGAAAGCUAACGCCGGUCCCGGCUACUAUGAUCUCAUUAAGGAGGCUGUCAUUGCGCUUAAAGAGCGCUCUGGCUCAUCUCGCCACGCAAUUGACAAAUUUGUGGCGGCCAAGAAGGGCUCCAACUAUUCAAAGUCUCGGCUAAAUAUCGCACUGAAGCGUGGCGUCGAGUCGGGCAAGCUAGUGCCUGUGAAGGGGUCAUUCAAACUGGCUACAGAUGAGAAAAAAGUGGCAAAGAAACCUGUCGCCAAACUAGUCGCGAAGAAGGCCUCUCCAGCUAAGAAGCCUGCAAGUAAGCCGGUUAAAAAGCGUGUCUUAUCCAAGACUGGAACGAAAAAGGUGGCACUCAAAAAGUCACCUAAGACUGCUAAAAAGCUGACUACAAAGAAAGUCGCCAAAGGGGUGAAGAAGGUCUCCUCCAAGAAACCCAAGACUACCAAGAAAAAAGUUGUAAAGAAGUCGGCUGCGAAGAAGUCUUCAAAGGCUGCGUCAAGUUAA